AAUAUCACCCCAUGGAUGAGGUCAAAGUCUAUCUAUCCAUAGCCCUUUAUAACCAGAUGAUAUUUUAUUAGUAAUACAUCUUCCCUCCUUUUGUUGUCUCACAGUUGUGUUUCUUCCAUUAGACACUAUAAAGAUUGUAGAUUACGGAUGGAUUUGAACAAAGGGAGCUUGUGUAAUAUAUGUACAUUACAAGAAUGAAUUAUAACACGGAUGAAAUUUUAACACAGAUAUACAAGUGGAUGGAAGAUGUGGAGCGAGAGAACCCAGAGCUGGUCUCCUCUGCUGUCUACGGUCACACUUUUGAAGGAAAAAAUAUCGCACUGCUGAAGUUUGGACUACAAAACCCAGAGGGCAAAGAGAAGAAGGUAAUAUGGAUGGACUGUGGUAUCCAUGCUCGAGAGUGGAUCGCCCCCGCCUUCUGCCAGUGGUUUGUCAAAGAGAUUGUGACCUCGUAUAAAACCAAUAAGAAGCUGGAGCAGAUGCUGCAGAACCUGGACGUCUACGUUACUCCUGUGAUCAAUGUGGACGGAUACAUGUACACCUGGGUCAAUACCACCACUCGAAUUUGGAGGAAGUCUCGUUCCACCCCUCCUUCGGGCAAUAGCUGCCUUGGUGUUGACCUCAACAGAAAUUUUAACGCCAACUGGGGAACGGUUGGUGUGUCAUUUGACAGUUGUGCAAACACAUACUGUGGGAAAGAAGCCGGGUCAGAGCCAGAGGCUACAGCUGUGAUGGACUUUGUUGGUAAGAUGGUUAAACAGACUCUGUGUUUUCUCACCAUCCACUCCGCGGGGCAACUUAUACUCUUACCAUAUGGCCACCCUCAGAUCUCUGCACCCAACUAUGAUGAACUGGUGUCAGUGGGGAAGGCAGCAGCAGCAGAAAUGAAGAAGCUACAUGGAAUGGGCUACACUGUAGGAACAUCUCCACAAAUCCUCUAUCCAAACUCAGGCUCAAGCCGCGACUGGGCUCGUCUCGUCGGCAUCCCCUUCUCUUACACCUUUGAGCUGCGAGACAAAGGUGAGUUCAGCCACUUGCUGCCAGAGGAUCAGAUCAAGCCGGCCUGCGAGGAGGCGUACGCAGGAGCGCUGUCCAUCAUCACAUAUGUCCACGACAAAACCUUUAACAGUGGCGCUAUCCCUAGUGCUGCUUUCUUUGGGGUCGCUAUGGUGAUGUUGAGCUCCUUCAUGGUUGUGUUUCUCACCACAGGGGUGUUGUUGUAGUCAAUCAUACAAUAGUAGAUAAACUUGAACUCAUUUUAUAUUUUACUUACUGAGGCAUUCACCCAAAUUCUAUUAAUGUGGCUAAUUAAGCUAGAUGCUAAAACAGCAAAAAUAAUUGCACUAUCCAUAUACAGUAUGAUUCUCAUUCAUUAAUAUGUGUAUUAUGUACUUGCACUGGCUAUAAAUGUAUGCAUUCUGGCUUGUAUUGUGGUUGUAUAUUGCUCCCAGGCCUAAAAGAGCCUGUAGACUAAACAUGUUCUAUAUUCAUAUUCAAGACUAGAAUAA